AUUCACACAUUAGUUGAAAGUCUGAAACUAUCAAUUUCAGAUCAGCAGCUUCCUAUGUUUAUACGUAUAAUGCAACUUGGGAUUGCUCUUUAUUAUGGAGAAAUAGGCAACUUCAAAGAAGGGGAAGGUGAAGAUUUGAUUUGCCACACUAAAGAUAUGUUGGGGAAUAUCACAGGCACAGAAGAUGAAACAAGCUCAGUAAUGCAAUAUCCUACACAGUUCAUUAAUCAGGAUCCUUAUUUGCAUCAAGAUGAUGACCAGCAACAAGGAUGGGUUUCUUGGGCUUGGUCUUUUGUUCCUGCUAUUGUGAGUUACGAUGAUGAAGAGAAUGAUUCUAGUGGAACUGAUGAUGGAGCGACGCUACAUCAGCAGAAAUCUCAGUCCCUCAAGGAUCCUGUUAUUUCAAUUGGGUUUUACUGUACAAAGGCAACAGUGACUUUUAAG